CUAAAUAGGUUAUUAAAUACAAAUUUAACAAGUUGUUGCAAAAAAAUGUUCUUCCAACUGUUCUAUAAAUGAUGUUGCUGAAUUUAUAAAAUCCCUACAUCAAUUUGACUCUAGUUUUUAUUUCAAACAAUGUUCUUUUUUAGUUGACUUGAGCGGUUCAAUCAAAUUUGCAGUCGGAAUCCUGUGGAAGCAGCCAAGCAAGUGAAAUGCAGAACUGGCGGAGAAUCAUUGUUGCUCUCCGGGAAUAUAAGAAGUGUCAUGAAGUAAGCGAAGGGUGGAGAGCUACUGAUGCUGUCGUACUAGAACACUUAAAAAGCUUUAGGUGGGCACAUGAGACGGACAUAGAUUACAUAAAAACUGUAGUUGAGGACAUGGAAAAGGCAUACCGAGAUCAUCUGGAGGGAUUGGAAUUUAUUUUUGAUGUCACAGAUGCAAUGCAAGAUAUUUUCCAUUAUAUCAAACCUGGACUUCUUGAUCCCCCAGCGAAUCAAUUUAUUCAAACUGAAGACGAUGAUGUGUAUCCGUCUCAUCAGCCACAGAAGAGGCAAAAGACAUCUCACAUAGCUGCUGGUAGUUCCAGCACGACCCCAAGCAUUGGUCAACAAUUUCCUAGGUUCUUACAAGAAGACAACACAGCUGGUUUAGGUCUCAGUAUUUACAAUGGUCGUACGAAUAUGGAGUGGUGUUCUAAAAGACUUUUGGAGUGUCAAUUCAGCAAUGAGGAAGAACUUCAACUUGGUAUCCAAAUACUGAAAGAAGACUGGGAAGCUCAUCAGAUAUUCAUGUCAUUACCGCUUGGGAAUGCUAAAAACUUUAUUUUAACAUGCAUUUCAAGAUCAUAGCUAGAUGAUGUGGUGUGGGGUGUGUUGAAUAAUGUGAAAAAAUGUAGUGAAUGUGAACUCUGAUCGUUGAACUUGAGUGAUUGUGAGAGGCUUGGUUGUGAACUAUGAUGUGUUCAAUGUUAUGAACUAUGUUGAUUUCUUAUUGUAUGCAUCUUAUGAACAUUGUUUUAUGCUGUCUGUUAUGAACAAUAUAUGUAUUAUGAUGUUGUAUCUUAUACGCACAGAAUAAAGGCCCUUGAGGCAAGAAUAAAACACGUACAUGGCAAGAAUAGUACCGGCUGUAUUCAAGAACCGGUAUAAAAACUAAUAGUGGGUAGAAAAUUUAAUGGAAGGAAGGUUCAAUACCGGUUGCACCUGCCAGCAGCUUUAGUACCGGUUGGAUUUCAUAACCGGUACUAAUGUUUGGGUUUAGUACCGGUUCUUUUGACCAACCGUUACUAAGUACUUCACUUUAGUACCGGUUCUGGAAAGAACCGGCAUCAAUCUUUCUGCUUUAUAAACAUCUUCCUCGAUCGAGUUGGCGCCAAGAACCACGAGUUGGCGCCAAGAACCACAGAGCUCUCUAUUUCCUCGAGCUGGCGCCAUAAGAUGAAAAGAGGCAAAGGUGCUGUCCAUUUUUUCCCCGAAAAUAUUCUUGAAGAUUUUACUCAGUUAAACGCUGAAAAUGCUUAGAUGAGUUGAUAUUUGUUGUUGAUUUGUAUAAUUUAUGGGAAAAUAGCUAGUUUUCUAAUUCGUGUUGCAAUAUGUAUGAAUAAAAUAGAAGUAAUAGUAGCAACUCAACUAGGAUUAUUUAAGCUUUGUUCAUUGGCUAAGUUUGAUUGAUGGUUGUGUGUAAUACUUUUUGAUUUGUGUGAAAUAAUCAUCUUAUAUGUUGUCUAUUAUGUAUGAAGGGUAAUAUAUAAUACUCAAAAAGAGGUGAAGUGCUGUCAAUUUAACUCAAUUAACUGUGAAAAAAGGUUAGCACAUUCAUCCUCUCGUAUAGUUUAGUUCAAAUAGUAAUGUAUUGUUUACAUGUCAUCAAUUUUGUGUUUCAAUUAUACCAUAUGUUUAUUACAAAGAUUGGAUCGUAAAUGUUUUAUAUAAAUAAUACAGAUGGGCCGUCAAUGGAUGUACAACAUGGAUCGACGCUCUAAAGGAUAUAUUGAAGGAGUUCAAUAUUUUCUCAAUACGGCCGAGAGACACAAGCAUAGAGGUUUCAUGUGUUGUCCUUGCAGAGAAUGUAAGAACGAGAGAGAAUACUCGUCAACGGCACCAAUUCAUCUCCACUUGCUACAAAGGGGUUUCAUGCCUAACUAUAUUUGUUGGACCAAGCAUGGAGAGACAGGGGUUCUAGAGGUCGAUGAAGAGGAGUACGAUGACACAUUUUCGAACUAUGCACAAUACAGUUCUUUUGUAGAUGCUGUAACGGAUGAGGUUGAAGAUGCUGAGGACAAUGAUGCCAUGGCACAAAUGUUGCAUGACGAAGAGAAAGACUGCGACAAUGAAAAGGUUAGAAAAAACUAGAGCGCAUGUUAGAGGACCACAAUACUUUAUUAUACCCAGAUUGUAAACAGGGCCACAAAAAGUUACGUACCACCUUGGAAUUGUUGCAGUGGAAAGUAACAAAUGGUAUUAGUGACAAGGCUUUCAAUGAGAUAUUAAGUCUAAUAAAGAAGUUUCUUCCAGAGGGGAACAAAUUGCCAGCAUCAACAUAUGAAGCCAAAGAGGUUGUUUGCCCUGUCGGUUUGGAAGUACAGAAGAUACAUGCAUGCCUUAAUGACUGUAUACUAUAUCAUGGUGAGGUGAACGAGAAAUUAGAAGUUUGCCAGGUUUGCAAGGCAUCAAGAUAUAAGAUAAGGCGUGCCGACACUCUUGAUGGUGAGGUCGAACCCCAUAGGAAAAGAAUACCAGCUAAAGUCAUGUGGUACUUCCCUAUAAUUCCAAGAUUGAAGCGUUUAUUUCGUAACAAAGAGCACGCCAAAAUGAUGAGGUGGCACAAGGAAGAGCGUAAGGUGGAUGGUAUGUUGAGACAUCCAGCCAAUGGUUCGCAAUGGCGUAAAGUUGAUAGAACAUUCCCAGACUUUGCAGAGGAUGCGAGAAAUGUAAGGUUUGGUUUAAGCACCGAUGGCAUGAACCCUUUCGGUGAGCAGAGCAGCGGCCAUAGCACUUGGCCUGUCACUUUAUGCAUGUACAACCUGCCUCCCUGGCUAUGUUUAAAGCGAAAGUUCAUUAUGAUGCCAUGUCUUAUUCAAGGGCCAAAGCAACCUGGUAACAACAUCGAUGUAUACCUACAACCAUUAGUGGAUGAGUUGUUGCAGCUGUGGUCCAAAGGUGUACGCAUGUGGGACGAGCACAAGAAGGAGGCUUUUGACCUACGUGCUAUGUUAUUCGUAACCAUCAACGACUGGCCUGGACUCUCAAAUCUGUCAGGACAAUCCAAUAAGGGAUUUAGGGCAUGCACACAUUGCUUAGAUGAGACUGAUAGCUUGUAUUUACGUCAUUGUAGAAAAGUUGUUUAUAUGGGGCAUCAUUGAUUUCUUGGGGCCAAACACCCAUUAAGAAGAAAAGGUAAGCAUUGGAAUGGGCAAGCAGACCAUCGUGCCAAGCCAAUUCAUCGAGGUGGCAUUCUUUUAUUCCAGAUGGUACAACACUUAAACAUAGUGUUUGGAAAGGGAUCUGGUCGCCAACCUGCUCUGAGUGAAGAUGGAAGGGCACCAAUGUGGAAGAAGUCAAUAUUUUGGCAACUACCUUAUUGGACAGUUCUAGAUGUUCGCCACUCAAUCGAUGUAAUGCAUCUUACAAAGAAUCUUUGCACUAACAUACUUGGUUACUUAGGCAUAUAUGGGAACUCCAAAGAUACAGUCGAAUCACGGGAGGACUUAAAAGCUAUGAAUCAACGAAUGGGUCUUCACUCGAAAGAGAGGGAUGGACAACAUUAUCUUGGUCCUGCUAGCUAUACAAUCAGCAAGAAAGAAAAGGACAUCAUGUUUGAAUGCUUGAACAGUAUCAAAGUACCAACUGGCUACUCCUCUAAUGUAAAAAGGCUCAUAAAUAUGCAGGACAAGAAAUUUGGGCACGUAAAGUCUCAUGAUUGCCAUGUGCUGAUGACACAACUGCUUCCGAUCGUGUUGAGGGGUGUUCUUCCGAGCAAUGUUAGAAAAACAAUCACAAAGCUAUGCGCUUUUUUGAAUGCGGUGUCACAGAAGGUAAUUGAUCCAGAUAGCCUAUAUAACCUACAGAACGACAUUACACAAUGCCUAGUGAGUUGUGAACUAAUUUUUCCUCCAUCAUUCUUUGAUAUUAUGACACAUCUUAUGGUUCACAUUGUAAAAGAGAUUGGUAUUCUUGGACCUAUCUUCCUGCAUAAUAUGUUCCCAUUCGAGAGGUACAUGG